AUGGUGAAGUUCUCUCACGGCUGCUGGCAUCCGGCGCCAGAUACUCUUCUUGACUGGGCAGUUGAGACUGUCAAAGCCGAGACCCGCGGAGACAGCCUUCACUUUGUGACUGAAGAAAAAGUGAACCGUGCAACCAACGUUGAAACAACCAAGUCCCCCGACAGCUUGAAGCUCCAGACUGGUGUUAUCUCUGCGACGGUGGACACAAGACCAAAAUCCUUCGAUAUUAGCUUCAGUGCGCAUGAGAAGCUUCUCACGAGGCUAGGCUGGCGUUCAGUUGGCUAUAUCAAGCAAGGAACCACUGCCCUGCAUCCUCGCGCCAAUUAUCUCGACCCCAAUAAAGGUCAAAGAUGGGUGACAUAUCAACUACAACUUGGAGUCGGGGACAAAGUCUAUGGACUUGGUGAGCGAUUCGGACCUUUCAUCAAGAAUGGCCAGAGCGUCGAGAUUUGGAAUGAGGACGGCGGCACUGGCUCCGAACUCACUUACAAGAACAUCCCCUUCUUCAUCACCUCUGCUGGAUAUGGCGUGUUCAUUCCCACUUCGAAUUUCAUUUCGCUCGAAAUCCAGUCGGAACGGACAACCCGGGUCAAUAUCUCUGUGCCAGGAGAGUCCCUCGCCAUGUACCUGAUUUACGGACCAGACCCUAAGUCGAUUGUCGAAAGAUACACCACAAUCACCGGAAAACCAGCGCUCCCACCUGCAUGGACCUUUGGACUCUGGCUCAGUACCAGUUUCACGACGGAAUAUGACGAAGGCACUGUUACCUCUUUCCUUGACGGGAUGAAGGAGAGAGACAUCCCGGUCAGCGUGUUCCAUUUUGAUUGCUUCUGGAUGCCGGCGUUCAAAUGGUGCGAUUAUGAGUUCGACAAGGAAUAUUUCCCAGACGCAAAGGGGCAAUUGGCAAGAAUCAAGGAUCGCGGGAUUCAUCUAAUGUGUAAUGCACUCCAAUCACAUAGAUCUGCGUUUGGAUCAACCCAUACAUCGCCCAGGAGAGCGCAAUCUUCGACGAAGCUGCCGACAAAGGUUACUUCAUUAAGAAGUCCGACGGAAGUGUGUGGCAGUAUGAUUUCUGGGUAUGUCCCGAUGCCGAGUUUCAGAGUCCUCCCUGAGGCUAACCAAAUCUCUAUCCAGCAAGCCGGAAUGGGUUUCAUCGACUUUACCAACCCCGACGCCUGCAAGUGGUACCAGGACAAACUGCAGGCCCUCGUCGACAUGGGAGUAGAUUCCUUCAAGACCGACUUCGGUGAGCGGAUUCCCACGGGCGAUGUUGUCUAUCACGACGGAUCCAGCCCCGAGAAAAUGCACAACUACUACGCCUUCCUUUACAACAAGGUCACGUUUGAGGUCCUUGCGAAGAAUUUCGGCGAGCACAAGGCCGCCCUUUUCGCACGCUCCGCCACCGCAGGGUGCCAACGCUUCCCCGUACACUGGGGCGGCGACCCAUACAGCACCUUUGAAGCAAUGGCCGAGACGCUGCGUGGUGGCCUGAGUCUUGCACUGUCCGGGUUUGGCUACUGGGCCCAUGAUAUCGGCGGGUUCGAAGGCAAACCUGACCCCGGGUUAUUCAAGAGAUGGAUUGCUUUUGGACUACUAUCCAGCCACUCCAGAUUACACGGCAGUGGCAGCUUCCGGGUUCCUUGGCUAAUUGACGAGACUGGCGAGGCUGACAAGGUCCUGAAACAUUUCGUUCAGCUCAAGCACUCCCUCAUGCCUUACCUUUACUCCAGUGCCAUUCAAACGCACCAAACAGGCGUUCCUAUGCUGCGCGCUUUGUUCCUUGAAUACCCCGAGGAUCCUAUGGCUUGGUAUCAAGACACGGAGUACUUCCUCGGUGACAGCAUCUUUGUUGCUCCGAUCUUUAAUACCGAGGGCAGAGUGCAAUAUUAUCUCCCUAAGGGAGACUGGUAUGGUAUCAUUGACCAGAAAAUGCGGACGGGAGGCGGCUAUAUCACCGAAGAGCAUGACUACUUCUCCUCGCCGGUCUUAUUAAGACCUGGAUCAUCGGUUUUCCAGACUCAAGGUUGA